AUGAGCGGCCCCAUCAACGUUGCUUCUGAGUCCGAAUGGAGUAGUCUCCUCUCGGGUACAAAUGUGGUGAUCGCAGAUUUCUACGCCGACUGGUGUGGUCCCUGCAAGAUGAUUGCGCCUACAUUCGAAGCUCUCGCCAAAGAACACUCACGUCCGAAGAAGGUUGCCUUUGCAAAGGUCAACGUCGAUAACCAGUCCGGCAUCGCUCGAGCCCAAGGUGUUUCCGCCAUGCCGACCUUCAAGAUCUUCCACAACGGUACCUGCAUCGAGACCAUCAAGGGCGCCAACCCUCCCGCUCUCACAGCGGCUAUCAAUAAUGCGGUAAAGCUUGGCGGACCAGCUACUGGCAAUGUUUUCAAGACUCCCGGCCGAACGCUCGGUGGCGAGUCACGAUCUGCCUCUCUAUCUAAGCAGUGGAACUUGAAAGCCGUCUUCGAUGCUCUGAUUACGUUCUUUGGACUAUACUUUGUUUCUUUGUUCACGUUUGACCCGUAUAAGUCAGCGGAAGAGAGCCCUUUCAAUGUUCAUCGUAAACCAGCACCAAGAAGCACUGGUGGUUCGCAGAGCGCCGGUGGUGCCAGAGCUCCUCCACUAUCUUCACGGUUGUAUUCUUCUUCCACUCCUUUACUUCGCCCGCAACGUAUCUCGUCCUCCCGUUACUUGCAGCCCAAUGGGAAGGCUGCAAUUACACAGGCAUUUUCGACGUCAAGAUGUUUGCGACAAGACACACAAACAACGGGACAGGGGUCGCCGGAGGAAAUUGAGCAAAUUGUACGAGACGCUAAGCAGAGAUUUCGAGAUACUUUACCAAAAGGAUAUCUUAAUGACGAAGAAUAUGCGGUUUACGAACGGCUGUACGGUGCGCCGCUGCGUGAGACGAGACCUGAAGAUGUCGGUAUUCCAGAACAUGCAGACAUGGGACCACAGCCCCCACGGCCAGAUAACGAAGGCAUUCUAUUGCGGGAACUUGAGGGUGGCGAAUUUGAGGAGGUCACUUACGAAAUUCCUUUGAAUGAGGGUGUCGAAGACAUCAUCGAACCAACUCCGGAACCUGACUUGGAGGACCGCGCAAUCGACCAAAUUGUGCCAGGCUAUGUGGAUCUAGUUGCCAGAAGCCAACGAGAAUAUGAUGCACUACAGAAGCUUUCAGAGGAUUUCAAGGUCGCGCAGCAGAAGCAACAAGAGGCCGAAGAUGAGGCAGCGGCCCUGGAAGCGUUGGAAACGGAGCAGCAGGAGGAAGAUACGAAAGCGACAUGGCCCGAGGAGUAUGAGCCUGGUGAGCGACCCUCUGGCGAGGAGGCACGAUUUCACCCUUUGACUCUGGAGGGUCGCUUCUGGGGAAGCCCCGUUGAGAUCCUCUUGCCACAGGACGAAAUGAUCAUGCCGAUUCGUGAUCUUUUACAGCGAACUCACAUCGAUCACGUCAAGAGUGCCGCUGAAACUGCGUUUGGUGGUCCAGGUCUUCCUUUGUCUCCUGCGACACCUGAGGCUAAGAGGAAUGGAAAUAUGUUUGGUGUCGGCCUUCCGGCAGAUCAGCGACAUAUGACUGAGAUUGAAGGCGAUGCUUUUCUGGCAGGCUUUAUGCCGCCAGCCUAUGCUUCAAUAAUGGCUACCCUCAAAGAAGUUCGCAAGCGAGUCGGAAGCGAGUGGCUUCAGUCUAAGCUUAAAGAUGGUAGCGGUGUAAGCGUUCUUGAUGCAGGAUCUGGUGGCGCAGGCUUGAUUGCCUGGGACGAGAUUGUGCGAGCAGAAUGGGAUCUACUGAAGGAAAAGGGUGAAGUUAAGGGAGACGACCCCCCAGGCAAGCGGACAGUCAUUAUUGGCUCUGAUCGUUUACGACACCGUACCAAGACUUUCCUGGAAAAUACCACUUUCCUCCCUCGACUUCCCGACUAUGAGCACUCGGGAGAGAUGAAGGGUGAGCAUCUAGAUGCGGGUAGCAAGCCUCAACCCCGCAAGAGCUACGAUGUUAUUAUCGCCUCUCAUCUCUUUCUGAAGGAAGAACAGGACCACUACCGACAGGCAGUCCUUAACAAACUCUGGUCCUUACUGAACAAAGAUGGUGGUGUUCUGAUUGUCCUAGAGAAGGCCCAUCCUCGAGGAUUUGAGGCUGUCGCUCAUGUUCGAGACACCGUUCUUCGGCAGUUCCUUUUGCCCCAAUCCGGAGAGCCAGAGCUUGACAGUGAAGGGUUCAACCCUGCCUACGAACGCGAAAAGGAGCUUGGAUAUGUUGUUGCCCCCUGUACUAACCAGGGACUGUGCCCGAUGUAUCAGACACCUGGCAAGAGCAAAGGUCGCAAGGAUUACUGCCACUUCAGUCAGAGAUUUGUUCGUCCUGCGUUCUAUUCUCGAAUGCUUGGAAACAGCACGAGGAAUCAGGGCGAAGUCGAGUUUAGCUAUGUUGCUUUCAGACGUGGUGUCGCUAAGGAGCGGUCUAUAAGUGGUAAAGAAGCCGCAAACCGAGCCUUCGAAGGAUACGAAGACUCUGCUGAAAAGCCCGAUAUGCAGAGCCUGCCGCGAUCUAUCAUGCCUCCGUUGAAGAAGAAGGGACACGUAACCCUUGAUUUCUGCACACCGGAAGGCAAACUUGAGAGAUGGACCGUCACUAAGAGCCAGAGUAAACUCGCAUACCACGAUGCUCGCAAGUCACGAUGGGGCGACCUUUGGGCUCUCGGAGCCAAGACGCGAGUUCCACGUAACGCUCGUGUUGGCAAGGGACCCGACGACGGUGGCAAACGAGCCGGCCAAGGCAAGAAGCCCAGAAAGGUCGAGAUUGUCAUGGGACCUGGCGGAAUCAGUGCCAACGAGAAGAACGCCCCUCGUGAGCGUCGUGGAAAGAACAAGAUGGACAAGAAGAGCCGCCUUAUCAAGGAGAUUCUCGAGGCGGAGGAAGAGGAAGAGAGAAUAAUCGCCAAGCAGAUGGAUGAAGAAGUAGAGGCUGAACUGCAAGACGACUCUGACAGACGAGGUCGAUCAUAG